AUAAUUUCCAACAAAACAUGUAUUUAUUAAUUUAAACAGUUAAUUAGUAUUUUUCAAUCAAUAUUAUCAAGGAAUUACUAGGAAGUUAUCAAAUACUACACGACGCAUGGGCGUGGGUCCACUGACUAGGGGCCCGCUACGCCGUGGUUUCCUCUGGUGCGGAGCGUGCUGUGCAUUAUUUUUAAUCACCAUAUGUUUGCUUAGACUUUUUUCUGAGCCUCAAUCGUCAGUAUGCCAUUCGCAAUCAUGUAACCAAGGCGCACUAACUCUUCAAGCUGGGAGGGAGAUGCCUUUAAUUUUCAUUGGUGGAGUUCCUAGGUCAGGAACUACCCUAAUGAGGGCUAUGCUGGAUGCCCAUCCCGAUGUCAGAUGUGGGCAAGAAACUCGUGUUAUACCCAGAAUUCUUCAAAUGCGUUCGCAUUGGUUAAAAUCUGCCAAAGAAAGUGUUCGAUUAGAAGAAGCAGGCAUUACCAAGGAGGUCAUGGAUGCAGCUAUUGCAGCCUUCUGUUUGGAAGUGAUUGUCAAACAUGGAGAGCCUGCCAAAAGACUCUGUAAUAAGGACCCAUUAACAUUGAAAAUGGGCACAUAUGUCUUGGACUUAUUUCCAAAUGCUAAAUUUCUGUUUAUGGUCCGUGAUGGUCGAGCAACUGUACAUUCAAUAAUUUCACGAAAAGUUACAAUAACAGGUUUUGAUUUGAGUAGCUAUCGCCAAUGCUUGCAAAAAUGGAAUAAAGCCAUUGAAACCAUGCAUGGCCAGUGCAGAGAAGCUGGAAAGGAUCGCUGCAUGAUGGUUCCUUAUGAACAAUUAGUAUUACAUCCCAAAUUAUGGAUGGAAAAAAUAUUACAAUUUCUGGAUGUUCCAUGGAGUGAUUCAGUCUUACAUCAUGAAGAAUUUAUCAAUAAACCAAAUGGAGUAUCUUUAUCAAAAGUUGAGAGGUCUUCCGAUCAGGUAAUAAAACCAGUCAAUUUAGAAGCCUUAACUAAGUGGGUUGGUAAUAUUCCACAAGAUGUGGUCAGAGAUAUGGCUGAUGUAGCCCCCAUGUUAUCAGUUCUUGGAUAUGAUCCAUAUGCAAACCCACCUAACUAUGGACAACCAGAUUCUUCAGUAAAAUAUAACACAUACAGGAUACAAAAAGAAGAAAGUAAAUGGAAUGAACGUGCUAUGGAAGUUUUGGAUAACAAACAGGAUGAUUUUCCAAAUUUAGAAGAUGAAACAGCAAGUGAUGCACAAGUUACAUAAUUUAUUCAUCACAGAUAAUUAAUUUCAG